AGUUUGGACUCGAUGCCUUCGGUGCCGACGGGCUCUUUGUUGAACCGGAUCCGAUCGCGCAUCGCCAGUCCCGAAGUCGGCAGCACGCCUGCGUCGCCCGGCAACAGCGAAGGCGGCGAAGAGACUCAAAUGCUACCUGGAGCCGGGCUUGUUGGAAGCAGAAUACCAGCCACGUCCAACUCGAAUCUGGGCCGAGCCAAUCUCAGAGCCAGUUGUCAGGCCUCGUCCACGGGCGUGGCAACGCCACCUACAGAUACAGGAGUACAGGGCCGGCAAUCGAUAUUCUCUGGCGGAUCAUCACUUAAGCGACGUCGUAACGGUCCAACCAGUAACUAUCGCCAUUCUGGUAAGUGA